AUGGACGCCCUGCGCGAGAAGGCGAAACGCCCCGCCGACACCGGUCAGGCUUUUCCCGCUGCAUCCACUGGCGGCGGCGAGGCGGGAUGGAGAGAGAGGAGGGUGCUGACGGCGGCGCCGGGAACGCCCACCCCGUCACCCCGACGUGGGAGGGCGGGGUUGGAGAAGAGGAUGCGGAAGAAGGACGCGCGGAAGCCGUUGUGGGCGCGUGGCGUGGACAUAGUGGGCUACUCCCUCGACGGGCUCCGCGCCUCCACGCUGCCGUUCGAGGAGACCGGCACGGCCAGGUCGACGCACAUGGUGCGCCUCCGGUUCGGCCGCGAGGACACGACGCGGCUGCUCCAUGCAUGCAAGGAGAACGGAGUGAGGCUUUGCUCAGCCAUGGCUGCGGCGACGAUGCUAGCUGCACGGCAAUCGAGGAAGCAUUCCAGCAGCGGCCAGCAAGAGACGUACUCCGUUGCAACCCUCAUCAACUGCCGCGAGUUUCUUGAGCCAGCUUUGAACGAUCACAACGUUGGGUUCUUCUACUCUGGUGUCACCAACACCCACAAGGUAAACAGAGAGGGAGGGCUGUGGGCGCUGGCCAGGAGGUGCCAUGAUGCCCACAGCAACGCCAGGAACAACAAGAAGCACCUCACCGACAUCAGCGACCUCAACUUCGUCAUGUGCCGGGCCAUCGAGAACCCGCAGCUGACCACGGCCUCCGCGCUCCGGACAGCGCUCGUCUCCGUGUUCGACGAGCCGGCGACCUUCGACGUGCCUGAUCUGCAGAGCAAGGCUGGCGUGGAGGACUAUGUCUGCUGCGCCACCGUGCACGGCAUCGGCCCGUCGAUCGGCGUGUUCGACUCUAUCAGAGAUGGCGAGCUGGAUUGCGCGUGCAUGUACCCUUCUCCUCUGCAUUCCAGAAAGCAGAUACAGGAGGUGCUUGACAGGGUGAAGAUGAUUUUACAUGAAGGGAGCAACCCAAGUGAUGACAAGAAUGAAAGCUGCACGUAG